AUGCCGCUGCCUAUGGCUCUGCUUGGGAAGCGCGGUCUUCCGCACAACACUCCACCGGCGGAUGUUCCAAUUGAUAAUGUCUGCAUAAUUUCUUUUUGCAUGCUUAUAUAUUAACUGACUUCUAAUUUGCACCUUUUCAGAACCACCCGUUAGCCGAAAGAGCUCGUUCGGCAAUCGCUCAGACCAGCAAAGCCACACAGGAACUGCUCGCCGCGUAUGAUUUGGAGCGUAGAGUGUACGGAUCGUCUCUGAUGACGAAGGAAGUCUCGGAUGCGUUGAACGAAGACAUUCGGGAGAAGUCGAAUGUGGCUGGCAUCGCCGCAAAGUUCAUGACGUCCGCAAUCAGCGACGCAGAGGCCGCUGGCGUUUGGACAACUGCCAACGCCGCCUCGACAAAGUAA